UCGUCAUUUUCUAAAAAGGACAAUUAUCGUCGAUUUGCAAAAAUAAAAAUCGUUUUUUUUUAAUUUAGUAAAUUUCGAAUAUUCGGUAAUUUUUGUCGAAAAAAAAAUUUAUUUUUUGAAAAAGAACAAUUAUCGUCGUUUCGCAAAAAUAAAAAUCGUUUUUUUAAGUAAAUUUCGAAUAUUCUGUAAACGUUUUUGGCUAAAAAAAAUCUCUUUCUAAAAAAGGACAAUUAUCGUUUUUAAAAAUAAAUUUCGAAUAUUCGGUAGUUUUUAGCAAAAAAAAAAUCUCUUUUUCCAAAAAGGACAAUUAUCGUUGAAAAAUAAAGCUCUUUUUUUAAAGUAAAUUUUCGAAUAUUCGGUUAAAAAUAUUAUUAAAAAUAUUCGCCAUAAACAAAAAAAAUGAGAAUAAUAAAUUCUGAAAAGUUGCAAGAAUUGCAGCGUGAUUCGCGACAAAUUCGCAAUAUUUGCAUACUCGCACACGUUGAUCAUGGAAAAACAACACUCUCCGAUUCAUUGGUAGCGAGCAAUGGAAUAAUAUCAAAUAAAUUAGCUGGUAAAUUACGCUAUCUAGAUAGUCGUCCCGAUGAACAACUACGCGGUAUUACAAUGAAAUCAAGUUUAAUAAGCCUCUAUCAUAUAUUUAAUUCCAAGGAAUAUCUCGUUAAUCUCAUUGAUUCACCGGGUCACGUUGAUUUUGCCUCCGAAGUAUCAACAGCCGUACGUUUAUGUGACGGUGCAUUGGUUGUUGUCGACGUUGUCGAGGGUGUAUGCCCACAAACACGUUCAGCACUUGCAAUUGCAUAUUUAGAGGGUCUAAAACCAUUAUUGAUACUCAAUAAAAUUGAUCGUCUCAUCACUGAAAUGAAACUUUCACCUCUCGAUGCAUAUGUUCAUAUGAGUCAAGUACUUGAACAAGUAAAUGCAGUCACCGCCGAAUUAUUUACCAGCGAUAUUUUAGAACGUGAGGAAAAAGAAGAAAUGAAAAUUAAAAAUGAAAAUCCAAGUGGAGAAUGUGAUUUAGCCGAUUGGCAAUCGGCACUCGAGGAUGCUGAUGAUUCACAAUUAUAUUUUUCACCUGAAAAUGGUAAUGUUUUAUUUACCAGCGCCGUUGAUGGUUGGGGUUUUGGUAUAAGGGAAUUUGCAAAAAUUUAUAUGGAAAAAUUGGGAUUUAGCGAGAGAACAUUAAUGAAAACAUUGUGGGGUGAUUAUUAUUUAAAUGGAAAAUUAAAGAGAAUUUUUAAAGGUGCACAGGAGAAGGCAAAGAAACCAUUAUUUGUUCAAUUAAUAUUGGAGAAUAUUUGGUUAAUGUACGAUACAGUGAUGAUAAGAAAGGAUCGUGAUAAAAUUUGUACAAUGGUGGAGAAAUUAAAUAUUAAAUUAACAACACGUGAUUUAAGACAUUCUGAUUCAAAGACACAAUUGCAGGCAAUUUUUACACAAUGGUUACCAUUGGCAAGAUCAUGUUUAAAUGUGGUUUGUGAUAAAAUACCAGCGCCUAAUAAUCUUACCACGGAGAAAAUUGAACGUCUAAUGAGUGGAAAUUUGGAUUUUACAUCAUUGUCACAAGAAACGAGGGAAUUGAGAAAAUAUUUUUUAUCAUGUGACUCGUCGCAUGAGGCACCGAUUAUUGUUUUUAUUUCAAAAAUGUUUUCUGUUGAUAGAAAAUCAUUGCCUGAAAAUAAACCAAAACCAUUGAGUCCCGAGGAAAUGGCACAAAGAAGAGAAAUUGCAAAACAACGACUUGCUGAACGUUUGGAAAAAACUGAUGAAUUUGUACAAUUUGUUGAGGGGGAAAAAAAGAUGAAUUUUGAGGAGGAAUGUGAGAAUUGUUUAAUAGCAUUUGCUCGUGUCUAUUCGGGAAUAUUGAAAGAGGGAAGUGAAGUUUAUGUUCUUGGUCCAAAGCACGAUCCAAGAAUUGCUUUGGAAAGAGAGGCGGCUGGUGAAAUUGUUGAUCCAAUAAAUUUGUUAAAAGAUUUAAAAUCUGGACGACAUGUGACAAAAGUUGUAAUUAAAAAAUUAUACCUCCUAAUGGGACGAGAAUUAGAAUCAUUAAAAGAAGCACCAGCUGGUAAUUUAAUUGGUAUUGGUGGUCUUGAGGAUCAUGUUUUAAAAACUGCAACACUCUCAACAUCAUUGGCGUGUCCAUCAUUCUCAGAACUUACAUCACUUGCUGUUCCAAUUCUUCGCGUUGCUCUUGAACCAAAACAUCCAAAUGAUUUACAAAAAUUAAUUAAUGGCUUAAAAUUAUUGAAUCAAGCUGAUGCUUGUGCUGUUGUUCAUAUACAAGAAACAGGGGAAAUUGUUCUAAAUACAGCUGGUGAAGUACAUCUUGAGAGAUGUUUAGAGGAUUUAAAAUUGAGAUACGCAAAUGUUGAGGUAAAUGUUUCAGAGCCAAUUGUUUCAUUUCGUGAAACAGUCAUUCCACCACCAAAACUUGAUGUUAUGAAUGAAUUAAUAAGUCAAAAACAAAAUGAAUCAAGUCUUGAAAUAUGGACAGCUAAUAGACAAUGUUAUUUUGAAAUUGAUGUUAAACCAUUGCCUGAGAAUGUGACAAAAUUAUUGGAGAAAAAUUGUGAUCUUAUUAAAUUAUUGAAUCAAAAUUGUGAUGGUAAUUUAAUUAAUAAAGAUUGUGAAAUUGAGGAUGAAAAUAUUCUUGAUAUAAAAAAUUUAACAUUAGAUUCGUCAUUAUUAAUUGUUAAUAAAAAAAAUAAGGCCAUUGAAACAUUUAAAAAUGAAUUAAAUAAUGCAUUCAAAGAAGCUGGAUGGCAAGAUGAUGAGAUUGUGGAGAAAAUAUGGUCAUUUGGCCCAAGAAAAUGUGGACCAAAUAUUUUACUUAAUGAGACGAAUUUUAAGAGUUAUUUCUUUAAUGAUUUGGAUAGUAAAUCGUCUGAUAAUAGAGCUGUAUACGAGAACAGCAUGAUCAAUGGUUUUCAAUUGGCAACAUUUGCUGGACCACUUUGCGAGGAGCCAAUGAUGGGUGUUUGUUUUGUGGUCAAAAAAUGGGAGAUUUAUGAAGAUUCUCAGAGCGAAAGUGGAAGUCAAAGUCAAGGACAUCUUGGAGGACAUUUAAUGUCAGCUUGCAAAGAAGCUUGCAGAAAAGCAUUCAGCAUGAGGAGACCUCGACUUGUGACACCAAUGUAUUUUUGCAGUGUACUCGUCAAUUCGGAUGUAUUAGGUAAAUUGUAUGCAGUUUUUGGCAGAAGACAAGGACGAGUGAUAGCAGCUGAAAAUGCUUUGGGAUUUGGCGGCCAAUUUCGUGUUCUUGCAACGUUACCUGUACCGGAAAGCUUUGAUCUUGCCACGGAAUUAAGGACCCAGACUUCCGGAUUGGCGAGCCCUCAACUUGUCUUCAGUCAUUGGGAGAUUAUUGAACAAGAUCCAUUCUGGGUUCCAUCGACAGAGGAGGAAUACAAGCAUUUCGGCGAAAAAUCUGAUUGUGGAAAUCGAGCAAAAAAAUACAUUGACGCAGUUCGUCGUCGAAAGGGACUUCCAGUUGAUUCUCAACUCGUCAUGCACGCUGAGAAACAACGCACUCUUAAGAAAAAUAAAUGAAAUGGCAUAAAUAAUUAACAGAGGUAUAAAUCUAAUGAAUUUGUUCUCUAUCACGUGUAUAAUAAGCUUGCAGAAAACUUGAUGAAAAAAAAUUACAGAUAAAUUGGUUAUAUAUUGUACAUUAGAAAAAUAAAAAGAAAUAAAAUUUUUUGUAGAAAAAUCUGUAUUAAAUUUAAUAUUUUUUUAAGCUAUGCACAUAAUCCAGUAUUAAAAUUUAAUAUUACAUUUUACAUUUAGUU